CAGAAAUCGCGAGAUCUCAGAAAAGCAAAAACACCACCAGUCCAGCGGAUCUCUCUCUCUCUCUCUCUCUCUCUUUCAUUUCCAUCUCUCCAUCUCCGAUCUCCAAAUCCUCCGGCCGAUCGGAUCGGUCGAUCGAUCCCCCAGCCAUGUCCGCUUCCUUCGACGCCUUCAGCAUGGACGGCGAUGAGGUCCACCACGCCGCCGCCGCCGCCGCCGCCGACCACGACGGCGCCUUCUCCGGCUACGGCGGCUACUCCAGCUUCUCCCCGGCCUCCGGCGGCGGCCUCGACGGGUUCCCGGCCGACGGCGAUGUCGCCGUCGACCGGUCCCCGGAGAUCUUCGGGUACGAGGACCAGGGCUCCGGGUACUCGCCGUCGCCCUUCGACUCGGUCCACGUGGAGAACGGGAACGGCAACGGGAACGGGAACGGGAACGGGAACAUGUUCGAGAACGACGACGACGGGGUCUUCGCGUCGUCCGACGGGCCGAUCCUGCCCCCGCCGAACGAGAUGCAGGAGGAAGGGUUCGCCCUGCGCGAGUGGCGGCGCCAAAAUGCAAUUUUGCUUGAGGAGAAGGAGAAGCAGGAGAAGGACAUGAGGAUCCAGAUCAUCCUAGAUGCUGAGGAUUAUAUACGAGAUUUUUAUGAGAAAAGAAAGCUGAAUGUUGAAAGCAACAAGACCAACAACAGGGAGAGGGAGAAGUUAUUCCUAGCUAAUCAGGAGAAAUUCCAUAAAGAGGCUGAUAAGCAGUACUGGAAGGCCAUAGGAGAGCUGAUCCCCCAUGAGGUUCCGAAUAUUGAAAAGAGGCGAGGGAAGAAGGAACAGGAGAAAAAGCCAGGGAUCACCAUCGUCCAGGGUCCAAAGCCUGGAAAGCCGACUGAACUCUCUAGGAUGCGUCAAAUUCUCAUAAAACUGAAGCACAAUCCACCGCCUCACAUGAUCCCACCCCCACCACCUCCCAAGGAUGCGAAAGAUGCGAAAGAUGGGAAGAAUGCAAAAGACGGGAAGGACAAGGAGAAGGAGAAGGAGAAGGAUAAAGAGAAGGACGGCGCACCUACUGCUAACGGAGCGCCUGCGGUGGCUGCAGCAGUAUCCCCUGUUAAAGAUGGUGUCAAUGGCUCAUCAAGCCCGCCGAAAGAAGCAGCUCCUGCGGAGGAACAACCCGAGCAAGCGAGUGCUUGAGCAUGGUUUCACCCUUGCUUCUCUGAAGCGCAAUGAAGCGCGCUACCAUCGGUCUCGCUCGUCAUGAUAUCUUUUGGUGAACCUAUUUUGGUCUAUUGAAUAUUUUUUCUUCUCUUGAAUGUCGUGAUUCAUUUUUCUCGAGUCUCAGGUUUUCUUACUGCUUGGUUGCUUUCGUUGUCACAUGUUGCGCGGAUAUAGACGUUCAAACUGAAGAAACCACGAUAUGCAGUUCUGUAACCCAGGGAUCGAUCGAAUUUUACUCCCAUGUAUUGAUAUAUUUGUAGUUUAUCCUCCUCGUUGCUGGAGAUUGCCAUGCCGAAA